AUGAGGACGAACCUGGUACACCACAGCCAGCACUGGACGCAAUUUGUGGCCAUCAAUCACUGGACAAUGCACUCUGGCGUGUCUCCGCCUCUCCUCAGCCGUCAAAUCGAUCUGCGGCUGAUACACCCGCCAAUGCCUUGCUUGCCACGACAGGCCCCUCGUCUACCAUCAUCCCACUCCGAGUUGCACCGUCUGCCAUCUCACUCGCACCGUCUGCCGUCUCUCUCGGACUCGUCAAUCCCGUCUGCUGUCUCUCUCGAACUGCCUGCAAUCUCAUUGGCGUCUGCUGUCUCUCUCGAACCACCUGCCGUCUCGGUUGUCCCGUCUGCACACUCACCCGCCUCGUCUACUUUAUUUCUCGCGCCGUCUGCUAUCUCUCUCGAUCCGCCUGCUGUCUUGUCCACCCCGUCUGCUGUUUCGCCUGUGCCGUCUUCUGUGUUUCCCGCGCCGUCUGCUGUCCAUCUCGAACUGCCUGCCAUCUCGUCCAAGCCGUCUGCUCUCCCUCUCGACCAGCAUGCUGUCUCGUCCGCCCUGUCUACUGUAUUUCCCGUGCCAUCUGCUGUCUCUCUCGCACCAUCUCCAGUCUCGCCCAUGCCAUCUGCUGUCUCUCUCGAAUCCCCUGCCGUCUUGUCUGCUCCAUCGCCCAUCUCGCCCAUCUCGUCCGCCGUCUUGCCUCAUUCCGUCGCAAUGAGUAUAUCUAACCUGGUCUAG